CUGCGUCUGGACAAAGUUGGUCAUCUAUGAUGAACACUGCAGCAAGCAGUGCUAACUUUGAUUAACCCCAGUGUUACUGUGUACCGCUGGGAAGCUGUUUUUGAGACGGCUCAACCUUGGACCCUGAUGGUUUGUUUACCUCUGUAAGGGACCCUGAGUGACUUGCUUCCACUUGGGAACCUCUCCAUCACUUCACCUUCUCUGUCGGACCAGUUGAAUGUAAACUGCCAUGUCUGGACAGGACAGUAGCCCUCUGACCACUCACGUGUUGAACACAGGGGACGGUUUACCUGCCGUCAGAAUGCCCCUCAGUCUGCAUCGACUGGACUCAAACCUGUUCAUUUGGAACCUCAUCACAGUAGGAACAACGGAUGAUGAUGGUCGCUGUCCUGGACUCAUCACCAGCGAUGCUCUCACUCCUGGCAUGUACAAGAUGCGCUUUGAGACCGGCCAGUACUGGCAGGCGCUAGACCAAACCUCCUUCUACCCCUAUGUUGAGAUCAUUUUCACCAUAAGCAAUCCCAACCAAAUAUUUCACCUACCUCUGCUUCUGAGUCGGUUCUCCUACAGUACCUACAUGGGUAGUUGAACCCUGCUACUUAACCAACAUUUCAACCACUGUUUUAUGCAACGAUAUUGACAAUAUUGGUCCAACAACUAACAACUGUUAAUAUCGUCGGAGAAAUUAUUAUGACUAUUAUAAUAUAGGAUUAUCAUUAUUAAUAUUAAUAGUGGGCAGUCAUUAAUGCAUUGUUUCAUAGAGGUUGCAUUUUUCAGAAGACGUGUAGGCCUACGUAGUUGCUCUUAGCGAAUCACAGGGCAAGCUCGUGUUUUCGAUGUAAGGCCCCCUAUUGUUAUCAUAAUUGUGCCUGUGAUUGU